AUGGCGGGAGAAUUACGGCGUCCUGAGCAACUACGCUUAAAGUGGAAAAACUUAAAGAACUCGGCAAGGAAACGCAAUACAUUGAUAAGACAAAAUAAUUUAAAGAUCGGUGGUGGAAUCACAUACAUCCCUCCCGACGAGGCACUGGACCGUAUAACAUCUAUGUUAGAUGCAAUGUGCACGGGUUCACUGUGGAGUUUGGUGGUGACAGCGAAAAAGAAAUGA